AUGCUCCAGCUCGCGGGAAUGCCACCAGUGAAAAGGGGCACUGGGGAAUGCUGCUGUUGCUGCCUCUGCCGUAAGCAGGACAACCGUCAAGUCCGAGCUCUCAGAGCCCUGUUUGUGUUGGUGUUGGUAGGCAUCUACGCGAUUACGCUAUCGGCUGUGGCUCUGGAGCAGCUUGUGGGCACCACCAACGGCAGGGACCCGCACCCCUGGAUGUAUUUCAGCUUCCAGUUCGCGGGGGCCUUCGUCCUCCUCAUCGUGUCGGCCUGGUUCGUCGACAUCUUCAUCAUGACAUACCGGGUUGUCCGAUACCUGUGGGGACGUUUCACGAAAAGAGGCGAUCAGGCCGCCGCCGCCGCCGCCGCCGCAACCACCGGGCAACAGAAGUUUGCGCUCCCCUUGCUGGCGUUUCCCCUGAUGUGGCUGGUGGUGUUCGUGAUUCUGGUCACGGUGGCUUCGGUGCAGGGCUCGAGGGACCCUGUCACGCGCACGGUGGAGGUGCCUUUGGCGAAUCUCCCAGCAUGCCUGGACGGUUACAGCUUAGCCAUGGUCAGCGAUCUGCAUGCCGGGCCUACCGUGGGCAAGAGUGAGAUGUCUAGGCACGUCGAAGCCAUCAACGCGCUCGGGGCGGACGCCAUCGUGAUGGUCGGAGAUCUCGUAGAUGACCAGGUGGAGGACAUCGGUUCCAUCGUAGAUCCUAUUUCGGGCUUCAGUGCGCCGGACGGUCAAUUUUUCGCUUUUGUAGUACGGCCUCAUCGGAGGCGUGGAAGGAGCGGAGGCGUGGAAGGGAACCACGAAGAGUACACCGGACAGGCGAUGAAGUGGGGAGAGUUCGUCGCCGACCGAGGCUUCACAGUGCUCAACGACACGAGGAUCACCCUUCCUCUUGGUGCAGAGACCGCUAGUACUAGCAACAACGAGGGCUGCUUCUUCUACCUUGCCGGCGUGAACGACUACGAGUCGGACCCUCAGUACGGCCCUGCUCUCGACGGGAGGGAUGACUCCGUAGCCACAGUGCUCUUGGCUCAUGAGCCCAUACAAGUGAAAGAGGCCUCCAAGUACAGCUCGGUGGGCCUGCAGCUCUCCGGUCACACACACGGAGGGCAGGUCUUCCCUUACCACGUUCUGGCCUACCUGAACCAGGGAUACGUCUCGGGCCUGCACAAGAAGAGAGACACGUUCCUUUACGUGUCGGAGGGUGCAGUGGGCUGGGGUCCUCGCAUGCGUCUCUUGUCAACCACCGAGUACACCCUCGUCACUCUGAGGUCACCCGAGCUGUUCUCGAACGCCGACACGAGCGACACAGAGUCCACCAGAGCAACUGGCGCCGCCGGUGUCCUCCUUCUGCUGAGCAUACUGUACUGCCUGGGGUCUCCCGUGGUGAGGGCGUUUCGAAGAGCACAGAGCGGGCAGGAGGACCCCGAAGGACGUGAGGAGUGGCGUUCGAGCGCGGCCGCUGUUGCGGCUGGUGACUACGCGAGCUGAUGGCCGGAGAGUAUUCUGCCUCUGUCUAACGCUAGCACGUAGGCAGGCUGGGAGAGAGACGGGGUUGGGGGGGGACAGAAAGGCAGGGGAUGCGGGGGCAAGGGUUAGAGAGAGAGAGAGAGAGAGAGAGAGAGAGAGAGAGAGAGAGAUCCAACCACCUUUCGUGUGUGACAGGGGGGCACGCGGCUGAGGAUUUUUCAUCCGGUGAAAGUUGAGCCUUAGCGUUGAUGCACUACUGUGAACCAAGCUUUUUUUUUAUCAGUCCGUCGAGUAUCGCCUUGCACACCGCCGUUUGUGCAAGAACACCUGCAGUACUGCGCUAACGUGAUCGAGUGCCGCAUUUGCUGUAAGGACAACGUAGACUACGUAUUGUUUUUUUGCGCGUUAGGUUUUUGUCGGGUAGACUCUGCAAACGGCGGGCAGCCCAGAGUGUGUUCCGUUACUCCACACCAUCAUGAGGCGUGGAAUACCACCGCCCUGAUUGGUUGGUAAACAUUUCGAGGAAUCACCGGUUGGUUGUAUGUCUAGAUGAGGUGUUGAUUUAAACGUCGCAAUAGGUCGCGAUAGGGCGUUGUGGGCUGGUGAGGUCCCAGGAAUCGAAGCGUUCAAAUCGUUGCUUCUUUCUUUCUUGUAGUAUUUCCCUUCUUCUGCCCCCCUUGGUCCAUCCUCCCGAUGUCGUCAUUGCUGCCGCGUUUCCUCGAUCGACGUGAGACUUAUUCUCUCUACUUGCAUGACAUGAGUAAUUUCUCGCAGUGGGUAAGAAAGAGGGCCAUAUCCUGCUAUCCUUAGAGAGAUAGUCUAGUCUAUGCCGUGAAGUUUUCUUUCUCGAGUCGCGUGGUAUCACCUCGGAACCAUUGUCGUGCGUUCGCUUAGGUACAAUGCGGCACACUUCCUUUGCAGGAGGUUAACAAGAAGAGGCCUGCCUUGCCUCGGUUUUAAUCGCGAACAUGACGCCCAUGUGAGAGUUGGUGUUAGCCUUUACUACUUGCUGCGGCUGCGUUUUCAGUGCUAGAGAUGAAAUGUUGCCACCAGUAGUAUGGGGUCAGCACCAAGGACUAUUCCCCAAACUUGCGAUUAAGAGUUGAUAACAACAGGGCGUGUGUAGGUUCGUCCCAUCAAAUCUGGCGCCGGUAUACAGGCCUGUGGAACUGUAAAAUAUUGUUUGCUAUUGCCGUGUCGUGGGCAGCGUAUGUGCGCCAGCACCGAAAGACUCGUGGCGUUGUUGAGUGAUAUUCUUGGUUUGCCACCAGUGACUGGCCAAGCUGUUGCAAACGCGCAGCUGGUCCAUAGAUGCUCUCCCUUCAUGGCCCUGUUGACAAACAGCUAGGCAGUUGCCAUUUUUGUCAAUGAUCGAAAACGUCAAGCGUUGGGGUCAGCAAAACAUCGUUCUGCCUUUGAUGACGUCACUGUAUGCCUGUACAAUGGUCCGUUUUUCUUUUCUUUUUGGCCAAGGCUUUGCCAAGACCGAGAGCUUGCAGCAGUAGGGUUCAGCAAUGCGGUCAAUAGAUCACCAGCACAAACGCGGUCUCAUGGAGGAGUUAUGACUGUUAUGUUUUGCCGGACCUCGGGGAGUCUGUCGAAUAACACCACUACCUGUUGUGUGACUUUGCGGCAUCUGUUUCUUACAAUCGCAGCUUGCUUUGGGCAACCGUGCUGAACCUCUAAGAGAUUUUCGUUUUUGUUUUUUUGGUGGUGUAAAGAGCAGUGAAGAGAUGGAAGAUUCGCACAAAAAGUAGAGUGAUAAAUCUUGUUGCAUCCUUUCGAAGACGGUUAGGGCAAGAAGAAAGCGGCAAGCAGAGUCUAGGUGGACAACGCCUAAUUCCCAGUCUGAUGUUGAGGGAACAGACGAGGAUGGAAGAGAUUUUCUGCGCUGCGUGAAUU